AUGGCAAGCUCCACGGAAGAUCCAGCAGCAUCGGAUGCCUCCACGCCCAAUGGUGAUGGCGAAGCGGUAGGCAAACGACGAAUCGUCAAGGCGCACGCUCCCAAGGCAUCCGAGAAUGGAAAGGAUGGUGAAGUCUAUUCCUAUCCCAGUCCAACAGGAGCCAGCAAUGGAACUCCCAAUGAUAAUGACCACGCCGAUGAUGAAGACAUCCCCGCCACCACCACCAAGCGAAACAAAAGUAGCAAUAAAGAUGAUGACGACCAGACUACCGAAUGGCGAAACGAACGGUUGAAAUUGACGGGGAAAAGAGGCAAGGCUCUCCGUGAAAAAGAGUUGCAGGAACGACGAAAGAAUAAUACCGCCAAUGAAAGCGCCAAUGCCACGGCCAAUCCAUUUUCUCGAUUCCUUUCGGUCUUUUCGGUGGAACCCCAAUUCCCAGAGCACAAACGAUCCUUGGAAACCGACGAUGAUAAAGAACAACUGCAACCAAGUGGAAAGCGAUUGAAGGCCUCGACGGAUGAUACUGACGAUGAUGAUGAUAUUGACAAAACAAGCUCCGGUGGAGUAUCGUGGAUGGUGGCGGCCGCUGCAGUGGCGGCCGUAGCGGUAGGCGUGGCGAUUGCACUUCAGCGUGGUCGAAAGCCAUAG